AUGAUUCAUAAUUUAUGUUUACUUGUUUUUAUUGCUGUAUUUUUUGGAACAAUCAAUGCAUUACCAUAUUAUCGUUUUCGUCGUCAAAUAAAUUGGCCACCAAGCCGUCCAAGUGGUUCUAUACCAGGCAGUUCUUAUUAUGGUGUAGGAAGUGAUCCUAAUUAUGGUUCAUUAAUAGCAACUCAAAAUAGUCCAGAAAGUAAUAUUGUACCAAUAAGUUAUAAUCCAAAUUCUAAUGCAUAUAAUUCUCUUAUAAAACCAAGUUAUCAACAACAACCACAACAACAACAAAAUUAUAUGUAUAAUAAUAAUAACAAUGCCUGGCUAAACCCAAACGGAAAUAAUUAUUAUAAUCAACAAUCGAAUCGUUAUUCACCAGGUAGUCAAGGAUGGUAUGCAACUGGUGGUAAUUAUUGGUAUAAUAAAGGACAAUCGAUUGUUAGUUAUCCUUAUCUUUUAAUAACAAGUAUUCUACUUCUAAUGAUUUGUAAAUAG